AUGUGUGACAAGAACCGGAUGAGAGUAGAAGUGGAGAAGUCAUCCCUUCCUGGAGUAGACGAGGACCACCUCCGCCUCAGUGAUCCCAGUAACUUUGCCUGCGACCUACAGCACCACUCCAACAGCACUCACAUCAUCGCAGUGAUCCCUCUCAAUGCCUGUGGCACUCAGAUAGAGGAGGACAACGAGAACCUCAUCUUUAAGAAUGAAAUCACCUCCUUCAAAAAUCCACAAGAUGUAAUCACCAGAGACCACCAGGUGGAGAUAAAGUUCUACUGCCAGUACGCCAAACGUGGCGACGUGAGCCUGAGCUUCGGAGCGCAUCGGGACAGCGUCUCGGUCACGGAGAAGGGCUUUGGCACGUUCCGCUACCAGUUUGAGUUCUACCAGACGAGUCAGUUCACCAGCAUGGUGGAUCCCAGUGACUACCCCUUAGAUGUGGACAUUAAGCAGAUGAUAUACAUGGACAUCGAGGCCACGUCUUCCGUGAACAACACCGAGCUCUUUGUGGAAUCCUGUAGAGCAGCGCCGUAUGACAAUCCCAACUACCAACCCACUUAUGCCAUCAUAGAAAAUGGGUGCAUUGUGGACAAGACUGUUCAGAUUUUCUCACCUCGUCAUGAGAGGCAGUUCCGGUUUGGAAUGGAAGCUUUCAAAUUCAUCGGAAUGCACGACCAGGUGUACAUCAGCUGUUCAGUGAUCCUGUGUGAGGCUGGGAACCCCAACACCCGUUGUGCCCAAGGUUGUGUCAACCCCAUCACCCCCCAGCCUCGUUUUCACAACCAUCGACGAAAGUGAGAGGCCGCCGUUGAAACAGCCAGGCACCACAUCUCCCAGGGUCCUUUGCGCCUGCGAAAGAGUUCAGUCACCAACAUGAACAUGAACAUGAACACGGUUCUCAUGGCGGGGUGUAUCCUAGCAGCGGUUGCCAUGCUAUGUGGAGUGAUGCUGCAUAAGCUGAAAACAUCCGGGGGCAAAUACCAGCCUCUGCCAACAUCUGAGACUUAG